AUGGAGAAGAAUCAAGAACUUGAAUGGGUUGAAGCACAGAAGAUUGGCAUAAGCCAAGACCUUGUGGCUGCAGCCAAGCAGCAGCUAAAAUUUCUAGCAGCUGUCGAUAAGAAUCGCCACCUCUAUGAUGGCCCUGCCUUAGAGAGAGCCAUAUAUAGCCGUCCAUCAAAGUUGUUCAGUCUGUGUACAUUGGAGAUUUUUGCUUUAUUGUUUCCAAUUCCUGUUCAGGUUUUCCUGGAGAUUGUGGGGGUAAGGAACUUACCAGCUGGUCAUACAGGCAGUCUCUUUGUCUAUUUCAGUAAGAAACAGCCAGAUGUGCUCUUCAACACCAAAAGAAGAUUAAGCAUUAUGUCUGAGCUAGGGAAGAAGCAAGUUGCAGCUCUCCGUUGUGAACCUACUGGAGAGCUGCUUUUUGAACUCAUGUCAUACUUGCCUUCUAGCUUGCACACUGAAAAUUCACUCAAAAUUUUGGGAACUACUUCAAUCGCGCUACAGGAGCUGCUGAACUCCAUUUCCAAACUCUCAGUUGAUAAAUGGUUUGACUUGGUAUCCAGUUCUGAAGUUGUAGGCUCCCAGCCAAUUACUCUGCGGGUUGCUGUCUCUGUCACUCCUCCAGUUCAAGCACCAUAUCUGGUGCACAUGGUUCGAGGGCACCCAUUAUCAAGCACUUCUUCCUUUCCACUUCCUGAAAGGUUUCAACAGGCCAAGAGUUGGACAUGUAUUGUAGAUGAGGCUGGCAACGAGGUCAUCAGUGUCCGAAUGAGUGGGGAUCCAAAGAAAUCAGAGGGGAAGAGCAGUUGUACUUCUAGAAAAGAAGUAAUUGGCGUAACAAGAUCUGGUAAAACAUGUCUUCUUGUGGAGUUGCUUGGAGAAGGAUGGUCUUUGAUGGGUUCCCAAUGGUCCUUUCAGCUUCAGAAGAAUGCUAGUGAAGAUGACAUUGCAUUUGAGCUUAUGGGCAGCAGAAAGAUAACGAUUUUUCAUGGAAGAAAACUGGCAUACGAAAUAGAGGAUUGCAAGAGGAAGGAAGAUGAAAGGGAUUUCAUGACAGUAGUAGAAUUCUCUGAUGAAGAUCCUUACGGAAAAGCAAUAGCUUUGCUUAACCUGAAAUCGGGUUUUCUCCGGGUAGAUACCAUUGUUUCUUCAUUUGCUUAUUUCAUUAACUCAAAUUUGAAGCUCCUCAGUAAAAUUGAAAUGCUUGAAUUUGUGUAUGAGAUGGAACAGGUUGAGGAACAAGGGUUUGUAUUGCCUGGAAUCACCCUGGCCUUCAUACUUUCCGACAUUUUACUGAAAGAAGGCUACGGUUCUUCAAAUUUGAAAAGAGAGAAAAUUAGAGAGGCUCAUGAAGCAAUGCCAGAAAAGGAUUGCCCAUGCAGUGGAGAAUGCAGCAAGAGAAAUGGAACUGUCCAAAAAGGCCUUUUGAGCAUAGAAUAUGGUGGCUGUGUCCAUGCAAGUACAAUGAAGAGCCACUGUUUUAGUGGGUUGACUGGAGCUAGUGCUUGCGGCGGGUCUGGUGGCUGUGGUGGCGGAUGUGGUGGCAGCUGUGGUGGUGUAACUUGUAGUGGCGGAGGUUGUGAAGGAGAAUGUUGA